CCGCCGACACGAUUUAGUGAUAUCUGAAGAAUGAAUGCAUAAAAGAACGUCGAAUGACACCGGAUAAAAACUAAAACUAAAAAUGGAGCAAGAUGGACCAAUUAACUUUAGAGCUCUAAGGGCAAAGUUUCAAGAGGAAGCAGCUCUGGCCCAAUCCAUUAACAGACCUGCAAUCGCUCAGAAGCCGAUACGCCUACCACCCCCUGGAGGUCACUGUGGACCUCUGGUGACCUCCAUGCAUUCGGCAGUGGAAAACAAGACACCUGUGAUCCCCCGGGUCAUUUUUAGGGAUGGAACCAAAGGUUUUCUGGGCAAACGCCCCAUCUCUUUUCCCCCACACUUCCUUCGCACCUCCCCUCCAGAACAGAAUGUUGGAUUGGAGAGCACAUCAAAGCAGUCCUUCAGAGACAGACGCAUGCCUCUAGUGCUGCCUGUACUGCCUAAGGAGAAGAAAACUGACACAGACUAUUUAGAAGGAGCACCACACCCAAUGGAGGGCAACAAAAGGGACAUUCUGCUUCCCUUCAAGUUGACUAAAGCCUUUAAUGUUGUUGAGGAAACUAGCAAAGAUCAAGUCUGUGCUGAGCCUACCACCAAAACUCUGGGGGAGGAGAAACAGAAAACAGUAGCUGGAGUCUCUCCUCAUGGGGACCGUUCCACCACAGAAAGGCCACCUUCCAGUCCAGACCAGACCGUCACCCCCCCGUUUGCUGAUCCAGGUGGGGACUCUUUACCUAGGGCUGGGGGAACCCAGUUCUUCGACCAACUGUACUCACUGGAGAAAGCUAAGAAAAGGUUUUCACCCCGACAACUUUUGUUGUAUACUCGGUCUAAGAGCUUGCGGUCCAAUGGAGUCCUCCUCCCAGAGAGUAACUCUGUUGUGACGGGGAAACAUCCUGAAGCAGAACUCCCUCACCCAGUCUGUCUCCCACACAUUGCCUUUGUUGCCGCCCGUCCUUUUUCAAAGAUGAAUGGCUAUUCACACAGUAAGAUAGGACGAGAAACUACUUUCAAAAGACAGUCUUCCCGGGAUCCUGGGGCUCAUCUGUCUGUGAUGUCUCAUGGGCCUCCCCCUCAACCUCCAAGAAAGCCUCUACCUGUCUUGGCCUGUUCAGAGUCUUUACCAGUGAAGCCUCCAAGACCACCAUGCGUAGAUCUCAGCCAAUACCAGCUAACCACGGCUAUGGACAAAGAAAUUGCACCAGAAGUUGAGCAUGUUACAUUUCACAAACCUGACCCCAAGGAGUCAUCUAUCAUCAAGCCUGAUCUUCACGCUCCAAAAUGUCCAGACUUUGAAAAUUCUGAGGUGGAAAAUACAAAAGAUACCACUCUUGGUAUAACUUCUCUGGAAUUUGAGUCCAAAGAUCAUGGAAGCCAUGAAAUUCCAGCUCCACUUGGCUUUGGAAUUCUAGAUUUUGAAGAGUUGCCGGUGUGUGAGCCUUUGGAACUGGCAAGUUUUGAUCUGCAGGCAUUGAGCCUUAACAACUACAACUUGAUGUGUCCAGAUCCUCCAAUCCUGCCAGAACCUCCAUUCCUCCAUGGCCCUGAAAUCCUUCCUGAACCUUUGGUUCUUCCACAUUCACCAGUCCUUGAGGUCGAGGUUAAAAAUGAAGCAUUUCCACCUCCUGUUCUAGAGCCUGAAAUGGUUGUCGCUGAGCUGGUGUCUGAUGAGCCUUCAGCCACUGAGUCAUCAGAGCAUGGUUCAGAGCAUGUCUUUUUUGGCCAAGUUCAACCACAGCCAAAUGUCUGUCAAGAAGAGAAUUACUACGAAGCCUGUAACAUUGUGUACGAGGAUGUUGAAAACAACAAGUUCAUCAGCGGGCAGAACUCCCGCAAGCGCAGAAGCAGUCCAAGGAAUCCAUAUGCUGUUCCCCAUCCAGAGAAGGAAGAACUUCGCAUGAAUCUUCGGCCUCGGAAUGCACGGUCUAGUAUUCCUAGACAACACAGUCUCUCAAAUCAUGCACAGCGACAUUGUCUCGAGAACCAUGAUGACAAAGAGCAGAAGAAGAAAGAGAAGCACCGUCUUGAAAAGGAGAGGAAGGAACUAAAGGAGAGGGAAAAGAAGGAAAAUGAAACGAAGAAGAAGUUCAAAAUCACUGGGAAGGAGGAGCCUUUGUACCACGCUAAGGUAAUGGUGGCUAGUAAGGUCCGCAAGAAUGACCUGCUGGUGAAGAGCGGUGAAACAGUCAGCAUUAUCCGAACCACCAGCUGUCCCAAAGGCAAAUGGCUGGCCCGAGACAACAACCACAAGUAUGGCUACAUAUCAGUGAUGAAUGUGGAGCUGAAUAUCAAGGAAAUGUUGGAACUGGGGAAGAAGGCCUCUCAGGCUGCAGGAAGAGCUGCUCCAGAAGGAGAUAGCAUCAGCAUCGAGAGCAGAUCUUUGAAUCAUCCCCCCUUGCACACUAGCAGUUUCACAGAUGACAGUGAGGAGUGGACAUGUGAGGAUGAGACCCCGUCCCUUUCCAACACUGAAAGCCGCACUCACAACCGGACUGUCUCCAUGUCUGAGAUGCUCUCUGCCCAUGCCAGUGCCCAGCAUACUGUCAGUGUUCCCGUCCUUGAGGACCCACACACACAACAUGAGGCUCUCCAGAAGUUAGCCGUCUUCUUUCAGCACAAAAAAGACGACUUCAGUGACCUUGUCGAAACUGGAGAGCAAACCUGCAGAAACAAAACCCUAAGUUUCCCAUUUGCUGUUGAAGAACCGACUUACUUGGAUCAGGAGGUUGACUUCUCUGUGGAUGUGGAACUCCUCCCUCCUCCAGAGCUCUAUGCAGACACUCAAUGAUUAUUGGCAACUAGUCUGAGAGCUUCACAAAGGCAGAGCCAGUGAUGCAAGUAGACUAAACCGUACACACACACAGAUCCCUCUACCUCAGGGAUAUAUAGUACCCCAGUGAUGUAUAGAUGCUUCCUUAUCAUUAGAGAUGAACACUUUCUUUGGUAAGAUAAGAUGUUCACAACGCUAUAAGGAAGGUCUUUCCAGAAUGUUCUGUGUGUAACUUUACUGUAUUCUUUGUAUACUGUACAAAGUUAAUAUUUUUGUAACUUUGUAGUCCUACCUGUGAUGUACUUGACAUGAUGUCUUUGGGAGUAAUAUUAGCCAUUGUGAACUGUCAACCAGCGUUUUUUUUCCAGUGUUGAACAUUUGUUUUGUGUGUUUCUGGAUGUUUGGUGAAGUUAUCCUAGUAGUAUUUUCAGUUGUACUUUUCUACACAGUUGUCUUGCCUCAAGUAGUGGGUCCCUGUUCAUGCACAAUGAGAUUUACCUGCACUAUACUGUAUAAGGACCAGUGUGUUGUCACCAUUCACUAGCACCUUGGUGGAAUUGUAAGUCUACAUGUUUUGUGGUCUGUUGGAUUGAUCACAUUUUCUGAGCUCUCGAGUACU